AUGCCACCAGGAAAGAAGUCCAAAAAGCCCAAGCAACAAACCUUGGAGGCUGCCUUAGGCCAACCAAGAGUCAAGCCGCCCACCAUCACGAAUCACUCAACUCGCAACAGUGCCAGUAAGAAAGACGACACAUCAAAGAAUCCAGCGGCCGGCAGCAGCUCCCCAGCCGCAGCAUUCACCACCAUGGCGACUACAAUGACGCCUACACGAGCGCGACAUCGGGAGCGCGAGGACAUAUCCCCCGACCGACAGCUCCCUGCCUCCUCAGCAGUCUUCAUCCCCAAGAUCUCCACAGCCGAGGCCAAGAAGCGGACCAUCGUCAUCGACGACUCGGACUCGGCUCCCGAGGCCGAAGAUCACGGUGGGGCGGCGGCAUUUGAGUAUGACGAAUUACCAGUCUUUUCCUCGCAGACUGCGGUGACGGUUACUCAUAACCCCCGCGCUACUACUGGUGGCCGUGGUCGUGGUCAAAAGGGAAAGGAGGUUAUUGUGCUGAGUGAGGUGGAUGAGGAUGCGGACGAGGACGAUGAUGACGAUAUGCCGGUGGCGACUCAACGUACUAGAGGUGUGAAAAGGCAGGUGGCUGUCUUGUCGGACGUUGAGGGGGAUGGUGAUGAAGAGAGCCUUGAGGGGAAGGGCAAGGCUGGAUGCGAGGGCGGAGGCGAGGAAGAUGACGACUCGGGCUCUGAUCGGAUUUUGUCGUCGGCAAUUAGGAGAAGGGCAACAAGACGCAGUGGAGAGAAGUUGGAGUCCAGUCCGGCUAAGAAAAGACGGCUGAUUAGGAGGGGGAAUCCAUCUUCGGCGAGCUCUGCUAAGGAGGAAGAGGACUCGGAUGAUGAUUCGGAGGCAAAGAAAGACGAGGAUGAGAAGACUGGUCGUUUGCGAAAGGGCCCUAACUCAUCUGUCGCCACUUCCUCAUCAGAAUUACGAACCGUUAGAGCCAAGCAUCGUGUCAAAAAGCCUAUGACGGAGAAGGAAAAGGCGAGAGAGCUACUGAGGCGCAAGCGGGCGGGUGAGCCUAUCGACGAUCUGGAGAACGAGGAGGAAGAUGACGAGUCGGAAGUCGAGCUCCCUAAGAGGGGCUACUACGACACCGACUCUGAUAAUCCAGCUCUCUCAGAGUUUGAUGAUGAGGAGACCGAUGAGGGUGAGAACAUCAAAGAGGAAGAGGAGGAAAAGAAGGGGGAAGGGAAGAAAAAGCACAAGAAGACCAAGAAGGAUAAGAAGGAAAAGAAGCGAAGAGAGAUCUCGCCCGACUCGGAGGAUACUGGAGACAAUGAAGACGAGCGGAAGGGCAACGUGGGUGGCUCCUAUGAGGACGAGGAGAUGGAGGAUUUUAUCGCCGAAGAUGAUUCCGACGCCCCUAUUGGCGCACCUGAUGAGAUCGGUAUCCCGCUCGAGUUCACAAGACACGCGCAUAAACCUCUAAAGGAGCACUUCCGCGAUGUCGUUGAGUGGCUAGUCUAUUACAAGAUCCACCCCAAGUUCCCGGAGAAAACCGCCGCACUAUACAGGCUGGGCUGGCGGAAACUGGACGACGAAGUCCGUGGCCUGGCCCAGAGCAAGUUCGCUUCGUCGGCCUGGAAGACGGACUUCUAUAUGGCGUUGAGGGCCCGACCGUAUUACACUAGCGGCGAGUCGCACGAGCUGAGCAUAUGCUUUCCCAACUGCGCGGCGUGCGGAAGGAGUGGACAUCCUGCCAAAUACGAAAUCACAUUCUCCGGCGCUCCCUACUACAAAGAUUUCUCCCACCCAAAAUUCCUCGAACCUGUCCCUAAUAACAACAACAAUUCACCCUCCUCGUCCCCAUCCCCUGAGGAUGAAGAAGGCCAAGGUGACCCCGACGAAUAUGACGCCGACGGUAAUACUAUUCCCGCCGCCUCUCGCACUUGGAAAAUCGGCUCAGUAUGCCACUCCAACGCCGAGACAGCCCAUAACCUGCUUCACUGGCAAUACGCCCUGUUGGACUGGGUUGACACUCGCUUAUCCGAGGACGGACACCUAACCGCUGCUGCUGCCAUCGGCAAGAAGCGUGAAGGAGAGACCAAGGAGCAGCGCAAAAAGAGGGAGAAGAAGAAAAAGUACAAGUUGGUGGCCAAAGUGGUGAGCGAGUGGGAGGCCAACGGCACAGUCAAGGCGCUGUUUAGGGAGUUCAAGAGUAUGUUGGAGGGGGCGAGGAACAAGAGCACGGCAGGGCCGAGGGUGCAGAAGGGGUGGGCGAGGUGA